GAUGGCCACCGGGGAACCAGGGACUCCUCUCUUAGUAUAAGUGGUGGCUUAGAGAGAGAAAUGGUGGGGCAGAUCCUCUUAGCCACGUCCAGAACAGCCCACGCAGCAAGAAGCAUUGCCUCUCAGGAUGGCAACAGCCUGGAGACUUUUGACCUGGACGCUCAUCUCCGCCGUGGUGAUGGGCAACUUCCCUGGCUGCACGUUCCAGUCACAAGAGGAGUUCCUCUCCAGCCUCGACCACUAUGAAAUCGCCUUCCCCAUCCAGGUGGAUCAAAACGGUGACUUCCUGACCUUUGACAUGAACAGCAGGUGGAAACGGAGGCCUCGGCGCAGUCCGGACGCCCCCUCGCCUUACGAUCCGCCAGAGCAGCAGGUCUUUUACAAAGUUUCGGCCCACAGGAUUCAGUUUCUCCUCAACCUGACCCUGCGUGCCAACCUGCUUGCGGAACAUUUCCAGGUGGAGUACUGGAAGCGGAACGGGGUAGACCAGCAGCACGACUUUCACGAAGACUGCCACUAUGCCGGACACUUGCAAGGCCAGUACCUGAACUCAAAAGUGGCCAUCAGUAACUGCAACGGUUUGCAUGGCGUGAUAAUAGCCGAGGAUGAGGAAUAUUUCAUUGAACCGCUAAACCCCGGUGCCAACGUUACUGGCAGACGUGAGAGCGAAGGAAGUCCCCAUGUGGUAUACAAACGGUCAUCUCUCCAGCUCCCACACAUGGAUGUUGCAUGUGGCGUGUUAGACGAGAAGCCGUGGAAAGGCCGGCCGUGGUGGCUGCGGACGCUGAAGCCCCCCCCUCUGAAGCCGCUGGGCAACCUCACGCAGCGGGGCCAGCUGCCCCUGAAGCGGUCAGUCAGCGCGGAGCGUUACGUGGAGACCCUUGUGGUGGCCGACAAGAUGAUGGUGGGCUACCACGGCCGGCGGGACAUUGAGCAGUACAUCCUGGCCAUCAUGAAUAUUGUUGCUAAACUUUUUCAGGACUCGAGUCUGGGCAAUAUAGUCAACAUCCUCGUGACCCGCCUUAUCCUGCUAACGGAAGACCAGCCGACCCUGGAGAUCAACCACCACGCCGGCAAGUCCCUCGACAGCUUUUGCAAGUGGCAGAAGUCCAUCGUGAACCGUAACGGCAAUGGGAAUGCCAUCCCGGACAAUGGCAUCGCCAACCACGACACUGCUGUUUUGAUCACCAGGUAUGAUAUUUGCAUCUAUAAGAACAAGCCGUGUGGCACUCUAGGGUUGGCGCCCGUGGGCGGGAUGUGUGAACGAGAGCGGAGCUGUAGCAUCAACGAGGAUCUUGGCCUCGCCACGGCCUUCACUAUCGCCCACGAGAUCGGCCACACGUUUGGCAUGAACCACGAUGGAGUCGGGAACAGCUGCGGCUCCCGAGGGCAGGAGACGGCCAAGCUGAUGGCCGCCCACAUCACUAUGAAGACCAACCCGUUUGUGUGGUCGACGUGCAGUCGGGAUUAUAUCACCAGCUUCCUGGACUCCGGAAUGGGACUGUGUCUGACCAACCCCCCGCCCAAGCAAGACUUUGUCUACCCGACGGUGGCGCCGGGCCAGGCCUACGAUGCGGAUGAGCAGUGCCGUUUUCAGUACGGAGUUAAAUCUCGCCAGUGUAAAUAUGGGGAAGUGUGCAAUGAGCUCUGGUGUCUUAGCAAGAGCAACCGCUGUAUCACCAACAGCAUCCCUGCCGCGGAAGGGACCAUCUGCCAAACUAACACCAUCGAGAAGGGGUGGUGCUACAAAAGAGAAUGUGUACCCUUUGGCACGAAGCCAGAAGGCGUGGACGGAGCAUGGGGGGCCUGGUCUUCUUGGGGAGAGUGCAGCCGGACGUGCGGGGGCGGCGUCUCUUCAUCCAUCCGCUACUGCGACAGUCCCCGACCAACCAUCGGAGGGAAAUACUGUCUUGGGGAAAGGAAGCGCUACCGAUCUUGUAACACAGACGACUGCCCUUCUGGCUCACAAGACUUCCGGGAGGUGCAAUGUGCUGAAUUUGAUACCAUCCCUUUCCGAGGAAAAUACUACACCUGGAAGACGUACCGAGGGGGAGGGGUCAAGUCCUGCUCACUCAACUGCCUGGCAGAAGGUUUCAAUUUCUACACUGAACGUGCUGCGGCCGUGGUGGACGGCACCCUCUGCCGCCAGGACUCCAACGAUAUCUGCGUGAGCGGAGAAUGCAAGCAUGUGGGCUGCGACCGCAUCCUGGGCUUGGAUACGAAGGAAGACAAGUGCCGGGUGUGUGGGGGAGAUGGAAGCUCCUGCGAAACCAUUGAAGGGAUCUUCAACCACUCAUUGCCUGAAGGAGGCUACGAGGAGGUAAUAUGGAUCCCCAAAGGGUCGGUGCAUAUCGAUGUCCGAGAACUCAAUAUUUCUCUGAAUUAUUUGGCUCUGAGAGGAGAAAACAACGAGUAUUUUAUCAACGGGAAGCUCUCGAUAGACCCUCCGCGGCGAUUUGACAUUGGUGGGACCGCCUUCCACUACCGGCGCUCUCAGGAUGAGCCAGAGUCUCUGGAGGCUCUCGGUCCAACCAACGCUACCCUCAUCAUCAUGGUUCUCGUGCGGGAAGAAUUUCAAGGGGUUCGAUACAAGUUCAAUGCUCCCAUCGCCCGCAGCUCUGUGGCCCAAUACGUGUGGCAGUACGUCCCGUGGACAAAAUGUUCAGCCAUCUGCGCUGGAGGCAGUCAAGUUCAAUCAGCCCUAUGCAAGAAACAAGGGGACAGCGCUACAGUUCUGAACCAUUUCUGCAGCCCGGAAACCAAGCUCCCAGAGAGGCAAAGACCAUGCAACACGGAGCCCUGCCCCCCUGCAUGGGUGAUCGGGAACUGGUCUGAAUGCAGCCGUAGCUGCAACCAGGGGGUGCGUACCCGGAGCGUGAUCUGCCAGCGCAAGGUCUCUUCCACUGAAAAGAAAACCCUGGAUGACUCUUUAUGUCCCCUGCCACGCCCCCACAUGCUGGAACCCUGCAACAACCAGACGUGCCCCCCGGAAUGGGCAGCCCUGGAUUGGUCUGAGUGCACCCCCAAUUGUGGGCCGGGUUUCCGCCACCGGAUCGUGCUGUGCAAAAGCGGCGACCACGCCUCAACCUUGCCGACCUCCCAGUGUCCUGAGAACUCCAAGCCCCCCACCAGCAUCCGGUGCAGCCUCCGGCGCUGCCCGCCCCCACGGUGGGUGACUGGCGAAUGGGGAGAGUGCUCGGGGAAGUGUGGCUUUGGUCAGCAGAGGCGAUCAGUCCAGUGCAUGUCCCACACUGGGCAGCCGUCCGGCGAGUGCGUGGAGUCUCUGAGGCCGGUCAUGGCACAGCAGUGUGAGAACAGGUGUGAUUCUGGACCGACUGAGAACCCUGAAGAAUGCAAAGAUGUGAAUAAGGUCGCCUACUGUCCUUUGGUGCUGAAGUUUAAGUUCUGUAGCCGGCCUUACUUCCGACAGAUUUGCUGCAAAACCUGCCAGGGACACUAA